AUGGGCUCAGGCAAGCUCAUGGUCUUUGAUCCAGAAUACAGCAUCAGUGGGAAGGCAAAUCACCUCCUUCUCCCCUCUCUUUCCCUCCUUUCAGAUAGAAUAAAAGAUGAUACAAUCAAAAAGGAACGACCCUACAAGAUCUUUUUCAAAGAUCUCUUCCUUUUCAAAGAAAAUGAGGUGGCCGCGAAGAAAAAGGAAAGACUCAUGAGCCGCAACAUGAAAAUCCACCAGAAGACGACGUUUUCAUCUCGCAUGAAGAGCCGCUCGCACCUCAGCCAGCUGACGUUCUACGCGGAAGGAGGCGGCGGCUCCUUCGAAGACCUGGGGCUAGACCCCACUCUUAUUCUCAGACUGACAGAAGGUGCGGACAGAAAGAGGACUGUGCAUGAGUUUAUUAAUGACCAGAGAGACAGAUUUCUACUGGAGUACGCAGUGUCAACCAAGAAAAACACAAUUCAAAGGUUUGAAAAGCUCAUCGUCAUGAAGGAAAAUCAACUCAGGAAAGCCGAGAAAAAGCUCCAAGCUGACGCCGUAGCCUUUGAAGAGUUCCUCCGUGAAAAUGACCAGAGAUCUGUAGACGCUCUUAAAAUGGCAGCACAAGAAACAUUAAACAAACUCCAGAUGACAACGGAGCUCAAGAAAGCAAGCAUGGAAGUCCAGGCGAUAAAGAGUGAAAUAGUGAAAACCGAAUUCCUCCUCAAGGAGUACAUGAAGUACGGGCUCUUCCUGCUGAAGUUGUCCCCGAAACACUGGCAAGUGCAGCAAUCACAAAAAAGAGCCCAGGCGUCAAAGAGUAACCCCAUCCUCCCAAGAAUCUUGGAAAGAUUCUCGCUAAGUUCAAGUAAAAGAGAUAGCCCCAGCUCGGACAGGCUGUCUCUUUCCGAUGAGCACAGUACAGGAAAAACAAGCCGAGAUAAGACCUCCCCCGCCCCUGGAGUUGCCAGCAUAGGCAUUGAGACCCAGAAGCUAUGCCGCCAGGGCAAGGCGGAGCCGGAGGAAACUCUGGUGGAGGUGGAUGAAGAUUCUCCGGGCCAACAGAUGUGGAGCAGUCAGGAUGAAAGCAUGGGCUCGGAGGACAGUCUGGAGUUCUUUCUAGAGAACGAGACGCUGGAGUUCGAUCUGAUGCCGGAGAUCUACUUCAAGGAGCCAGAAGAGUUGCUCCAGGUCCUCACCGAGCUGGAGGAACAGAAUCUCACCUUGGUCCAGUAUUCCCAGGAUGUGGAUGAGAAUCUCGAAGAUGUCAACAAAAGAGAGAGGUUUAUACAAGAUAAGAUAAACAACAACAUUGCGUUUCUGCUGGAGCACAAGAAGGUGCUCAAGACCAAUUGUGAGCGAGAAGAGGAAAAGGCAGCGGAACUGGAGCUGAGGUCCAGGCUCUUCAGUUUCGGAGAAUUCAAUUCGGAUACUCAGAAGCGUGCAAUCCUGGGGCAGGAACGUACAUGGAAAACGAUUUACUUUGUUGAGAAGUUUAUUGAGUCCCUCUGGAUAAAGGAUGCUAUCUUUCCUCUCCCGAGUUACGUUAUCUACCAGCUCAAGAGACCGCAGCGCAGUGGCGAGGAAAGGCUGAUAGACUCGCUUAGUAAAAAGAUUAAUCAAGUCUACAGAGUCUGCAUCGGAGAUGCUGAGGUCGGCAGCCUGAAUGCAGUUCAAAAGCUGGUCAAAGUCGAGUCUCGCCUGGUGGAGCUGAGUGACCUCAUCGAAUCUAUUCCCAAAGAAAAUGUAGAAGCCAUUGAAAGGAUCAAACAGAAGGAGCGACGGCAAAAGCUGCGUGAAGAGAAGAUGAGAGAAAAGCAAAGACACCAGGAGGAGCGGCUAAAAGCUGCUCUGGAAAGAGCAGUAGCACAGCCCAAGAAGAAGCUGGGAAGACGACUGGUCUACCGUUCGAGACCUCGAUCUGAUAGUAAACAGGAGUUACUUUUAAUUGGUGAUACAAGAACAAAAACACAGGAGGAAGAGUAUUUUUUUAGUUCAACAGGAGCAUGA